AGUGGAUCAUGUGACUGUGGUAAGUCAUUUGCAAGUACAACAGUUCUCUGUGAGCCCUCAUUCAUUUCCUGCGAACUGCGAGGAGCAGCUGAGCGGCAUAGAGGGAGGGAGUCAGAGAGCGCGAGAGAGUGAGCGAGAGAGAGAGAGAGGGAGGGAGAACGAGCGCGCGCAGGAGAGUGAGAGAGCGAGAAAGAGCGAGCGCGGAGAGAGAGAGAGAGAGAGAGACAGAGCGGACUGUAUAAGGAAAACAGUUUCUACCGCUCUGCAGCUUCUGACAAGACGCCACCAAUAACAGGAUGUUAAUGCUGGACGGAAUGCCUGCUGUCAGAGUCAAAGCAGAACCUCUGGAAUCUGAACAAGGGUCUCCUAAAGUGCGGAGCUACCCUGAUAUGGAGGCGGUGCCCCUCCUGCUGAGCAAAGUCAAGUCCGAGCCACCCGAGGACCUGCUCUCCUCCGACCAGUUCCAGACCCAGACGGAGCCCGUGGACCUGUCAAUCAACAAACCCCGCCCAUCCCCGCCGUCCGCCACAGCCUCGCCGGUCGCCUCAGCCUUCUCACCGUCCUCCUCCUGCUCUUCAUCGUCCUCAUCAUCCUCGCCAUCCGUCAUCACCUCGGCGUCCUCCGGCAUGCCCUCGGUGCUCACGACAGGCCCCCUGGUGUCGUCGCCGACAUCGGGCGGCGGCGGCAUCGGGGGCAUGAGGGGGCAGCAGUUUUUGCACAUCAUCCACCCGGUGCCCCCGUCAUCCAGCCCCGGCAAGCCCCCCAACCACAGCCACGUGCACCGCAUCCCCGUGGUGGUGCAGUCGUUGCCGCUCAUGUACACGGCGGUGCGCUCGCCCGCCAGCCUCAACUCCGCCAUCAUGCUGCCCCUGCUGGACGACAGCAAGAGCUACAGCAAAGCACAAACAGACCCCAACAGCUUGUCGCCAAGACAAAUGAAAAGUGACAGCGAUGACGACGACCUGCCAAAUGUGACCUUGGACAGUGUUAACGAGACCGGAUCCACAGCACUGUCUAUAGCACGGGCCGUGCAGGAACCUUAUGGCCCAUCUUACAGAUGCAGAACGUACGGCACAGGGGGUUGCAUAGUCCAACAUGUCUCCAUGUCACCGUUCAGUAUUGAAAGCAUUCGACGUCCACAGCGGUCUGAGUCUCCGGAAUCCAAGAAGAGGCGCAUCCACAGGUGUGACUUUGACGGCUGCAAUAAGGUGUACACCAAGAGCUCCCAUCUAAAAGCACACCGGAGAACACACACAGGUGAGAAACCUUACAAGUGCACGUGGGAUGGCUGUACGUGGAAGUUUGCGCGCUCGGACGAGCUGACCCGGCAUUACAGGAAGCACACGGGCGUCAAGCCCUUCAAGUGCGCCGACUGCGACCGCUGCUUCUCCCGCUCCGACCACCUGGCCCUGCACCGGCGCCGACACAUGCUGGUCUGACCAGCAGCUCUGCACACGGACAGUCCUCUGUGUCCUUCACACAAGAAGAGAGACACACACACACACACACACACACACAUACAGGAGCACCCUCAUUACCGCCUUCCACAUGAACACACACACACACACACACACACAUACACACACCUCUUUGGAGGAGAGCUGGAUUUCUCCUUUGAGGGGCUCAGCUGGGCUGAGAGCCCCCAGUGCCUCUAUGGUGUUUUUUGGUCUGCGCUCACAUUGAAGUGAGAUGGACAGAGAACGUCCCCUCCCUGACAAACACACAUGUGAACACACACUCACACACAACCACCCAACUCUCGUGAGGCUCAGAGGCACAGGAAGCCAGCUCAGGUGAAUGAUCACCAUGUGCUUGGAGCUCCAGGAAGAAGAAAAAAAACGAUAUCUAAAAAGGAAAGAAAAAAACUAUCGCUCACCCUCUCCAGCACUGCUCGGAAAUAUUUGGUGUUUGUCUCUUUUGGGUGGCUGAGGACGGCAUUCGGGCAAACACAUUUCUACAGUUUCUACACUUCGGUUUAUUUGGGGUCUUAUUUUCCUUCUCUUGGCAUCUUUGUGUUGUUCCUGUUCAAGUGGCUGCUUCUCUGCAUCGCCAUAAUGUGAAGAACUCUGCGGAAUAGGAAGACUUGUGUGUCACACUUUGAAAAAAAUCUGGGCCACAUCUGGGCCUUGUGAACAGACAAAUCGGGGGCACGGACGGGGUCCUCCAGAAAAAACCCCAGUAUUGUUGCACAAUCCCCCCCAUAUCCACCACCACUCCCCCCCCACCACCCCCCUUUCCCACUCUCCCCUCUUCCUUUCCCACCUGCCUCCAUGUCUCUGAGCUUCUCUGAGGCUGCCACUGGCCACCAGGGCACAGGGUGGUUCCCAUGGAGACAAAGCGAGGCAUCGUUAUGGAAACGCAUGGAAAGGCACAGGCCACUGUUUUCAGCGAGGAGAAGAGAGGAGAGGAAGAGUGGAGACAAGAGGAGAGGAGAGGAGAGGAGACAAACCGCACACAGAAGGUCAGCAAAACCAACCAGCAAAUGAGAUUAUGUGUAUCCACAAAAGGCACAGUAUGGACAGACAACACUUUCACACUCAUUACAGCUCUAUGGCAAUACAUUCUGUUCAUUUUAUAAAUAUAUAUAUUGGUCUUUAUUAGUUUGAGUUUUCUUUGUAGCACUCACAAGCUAACAGAUGACAGAUGCUGUAUUGGGAUCCACAGGUCUUUUUUGGACCCCACAGAGCUGCCAUUUGUGAAGCUUUCUACAGAGGCUACCUACUCAUCACGUUUUUGUGUCAGAAGAAAAAAAAACACAAGACAUGUCAAUGGUGCAUUUUGUGCUGUGAUUAGAGAUCCGUAAAGUGCAAUCUCUUCAGAAGUAAAUAUGGUUUCACUUUUUAGGAAUGUUUUUGUUGUUUUAUGUUUGCCGUUAUCUUACUAUAUCUUGCUUGCUUUAAUAUACCAUCGAUGAAUACAUGACAAACAGUCACACAUGCUAUUUUCUCUUCAGUAUACCACCACCCGUUAGAAAACGCAACGUACUGGUCAGGUGAGCUGUUGGUACUCAGAUGUACCAAAUAAGGGAGCUUUCAGUCGGAGUCUACAUAAUUCAAUGGAUUGUUUAGGGUCCCUCAUAUACACACUGGCCCUUAGAUUUCAAUCAGUAGAUGAGCAAUACAAAGCCCUUAACAGAACAGAGCAAUUUCCAGUGUGCCAGUAACUAGUCUCCUGUGGUUAUGUUCAGUGGAAGAUGAAGAUGUCCGCGUAUGAAAUACAACUUGAGAUUUUCUACAUACAUUUUCUGCCUCUCUCAGAUGCAUCGAUAUAUUUGUGACAGAUUUGUUAUCAUGCUGGUUUUAGCAAAGCAAAAUGUUGUAUGAGGUUGCCCCCUGUUGGUUUGAGAGGUGUACUGCAGAAAUUCCAGAUGUUGUAGUCAAAACAAGGCCAGCUCAGCCAUGUUAUUUGAUGUGAGAUGUUGGUCUAAACCUCCUGUGCAGUUGUUAGAGUACCCAUCUGACAAUAGUUCAUUAAUGUCUGGUGGAACAUUAUUUUAGAGGGGUCCUAACUGCCCUUCUGAAAUCUUCUUUGGCUCAGGCCUGCUUCAGCAUACAUAUCCUCCAGUUAUAGAUAGUCUGGAAGGGAUAACUCCUUCAUCAUGUUUGGCGCUGGGUUGUAGAGGACAUUUUGGAUGAAUGAGGAAAAGCAGGAAAAUUCGGCACACUGAACUAACAUCUGUUUUUGCUACCGCACAGAGCCGCACAUUUAAUGCUCUCCAUGGUUCUGGAAGCUCUCUUACUAUGAAGGUUUCCUCAGUUCCUAAUCAUUUAGCAAACACAGAAUUACCAGACUCUCAGUGUACCACUAUUUCCUUUCGAGCCAUAUCAGGAGUGCUUAGCUGUCAUCUAAGUAGCUGUUGUCUGAAUCAGGUGUCAGUAUUGCUGUUCAAGUAAACAAACACUACACUACCAAUGUGAAGGUGAUGUCAGCAAAGCAAUACAGUAAACUUGAACAGAAGAUAUGUAAUCAUGCUUUUAUGAUCUACUCUUAUAGAACAUUUAACUUAGAGUGGUGUGACGCAGAAACAUAUCACCGUCCAGCGUAACCAGAGACAUCAGCUAACGUACCUGUAUGCAUCAAGAUGCACAUGCACAUGCAGGUCCCGGGGCAGUACAUGCACAUGUAGAUGCAGGUACUGGGGCAGUUAAAGAGACAGACUCCAGCCACCAGCCACCAGCCCCUGAUAAACAAGUUCCUAAACCCUCUGGUUCACACACUUUUGGAAAGGAGAACAACAGUGUCUGUGGGAAGCCAUCAAAUCCUCAAAUGUCAUUCAAGCACACCAGUAUGCAAAUGUGCUCCCUGACUUUUUAUUCACUCAGAAAAGAAGUUCCCUGUGUUAUAUUCAAAUCGACAAAUCUCCACUAAAUCAUGGCGAACUGUCAUUGGAACAGACAUGAGUGCUUGGCAGGCUCUCCAGUGAUGAUGUUUAAUGAGGUUGUGUUGCAUAAGAGGACUUUCCUGAACUGAGCUAAUGGGGAAGGGAACUAUAUCAAAGACAAGAUAUGACCACCCGGUUUCUCACUUUUAGUGUUAUGAAGUAUUAUCUAUUUCAUGUUAUGUUGUUAUAUAUCUAGUUGUGUACACGUGAGUAUCAGUUGUAUUGCCCAGCGGGUAAGCAUAUCAGCACCUUGUUUUUAUAAAAGUAUGAUUUUGGGGGAAAAAAAGGAUUUCAAUCCAACGAUUUUGCCGCUAAUUGCCAUCGAGUCCCAAUAACCUAGCGGUUGAAUACCUUGAUUGAAUUACACCAUAGUUUCAGUGACACAAAAAUGACCAGUAAUGUAUUUUAUAUUCAUAUACUGUACUUUCUGCAAUGCCGGGCACUUCAUCUUUGCAUAUAACUAUUUUCCUGUAAAAAAAAAGUGAUCUUUUAAAAAUGUUGUAAUAUAAGUGAAAGUGAAAAUGAGAGUUAUAAAAAUCAAGAUUUACAGACUGUAAAUACCUAUGAAAAUAAUAGGGCUUUUCAUUUCUUUUGUAAUACAAGAAAAUACCUUUAUAUGUAUGCAGAUUUUGAGAGACAUUUGAUUUAUCUAAUUUGAUAUAAAGUGGGGCUAUUAUUGAUUCCUAAAGGUUUACCUUGUGAAGUACUACGAACACAAUUGUAUUGAUAAAAAUGAAAUGUGACAGAACAAUCCAACGAAUGGUUCAAACAACAGAUUCAGUGUUUGAGAAUCAUUAAUUUCACAGAAUACUUACUGAUACAUCAUAUGUUGUACAGAUGCACUAUUGAGCUCAUUACUUGCACCCUUUUCUUUUCAGGAAAUUCAAAAGAAAAAAAGUAAAUAAGAUAUCGAUACCAAAUGUAUCACAAAUUUUAUACAAACAAAAGUGCAUCUGUGAUAUCAACAGUUGAAACAUAUCUUUGCUUUUUGGUCAAUCUAACAUGAUCUCUGCUCUUUGUUUUGUGUUGUUUUCCAUACAAACGUUGAUGAAUUGUGACAAACGUGAUUGCAUUGAUAUACAGCUGUGCCACAUUCUGUAGGUUCAUGCAUUCCCUAUGGCAUUUUGGCAUUCUAACCAUAUGAUUUUGGUUUUUUAUUCUGGCAUAAUUUUGUAAACGGCAAGCAGGGUCAAAGUUAUGCAAUAAUUAACAGUGCCUCCAUUUAACAGUGUAUUACCUAAAUGUAUGCACAUGAGAGAGAGAAAGAUAAAACAAACAAACACAGAUCAAAUCAAAACAUUGCUACAAAGGUUAACUUCCUCAUUGUGAAGUUUCCCUGUGUGAGAGUAAUUUUUUCUAAGCACACACUCAUUCUCUUACACAUGGCCACACGGUAACCACGCGUAUGUUUAAUUUAUGAAUAGAUCGCCCCAUACCACCUGAAUUGUUCCCCAACCCCCAGAGUGCACUGAAAGCCUUAUCUGUUGUAUCUGUACUGCAAGGUAUAUAUGCCAGCUGUGAACACCCAGUGAUUCAUUCUUUUUCUUUCUUUUCCUUUACCAUACUGUGUUUGUCUCCUAUGGAAGCGGCAUAUUAUUUGUAUGGAUGUAUUUACAGUGAGACCUCAAAAGAUGAAAUGACUUAUUCUGGUAUUGUUAGGCUUCUAGUUUUUACCUCUCCAGUGUUGCACAUUUGCGUAUCUGUUCAUUUUCAUCAGUAUACAAGGCAUCCCCUUACAAACAGUAUCUAUCAAACUGGUUAGUUUUAGACCUGGUUGAUCUAUGAUGUUUCAUAAUGUACAAUGUUUUACUGCCGUUUUCACACGGAAACUUCUAUUGAAUGUGCUAAGACGGAUACCAAUCCAACUUUUUUUUGUUCUUUUGUCCGAUUCUAUCUGUACAAUAUUGCUUUUGUCAUCAAGUCUCGUUGGUUUUUGUUUCCACAUUUGAAUUCUUAGUUAAUCCAAUGCCUUUGGUUCAAAUUUUACUGGUAUUCUGUAAUUGUUGUUGUUGUAUUUAUGUAUAGUGUGUGUAUUGUAAAUAUAUUCAGAGCCUUUUGUUUUGCUGUAAAGUUGUGAUAUAUAUAUAUAUUUUUUGCCCUGCAACACUUCAAAGGGAUUCCCUUAUCACUGAGUCCAGUCUAAUGAUCUAAGGUCCCCAAUCUUUACAGAGGUGGAAGACUUUCUUCUUUCUUUUUGCCAUCAUUUUGUUCUCCAAAAAAGACAUCUGAAUAUUCUGUCAGUGCUUUUGCUUUUUCUAUGUACUUUCUUUCCAUAUGGAUUGAGCUGUGAAUUGAAAUUGAGUUCAAACAUAUACAUGUAUAGUAAUUUGAAUGGAGGCAUGAAGUUAAAUAAAGUUGCAUUUUGUAUGGAAAA